GCCUGAACUCGGAGCAGUUGGAUGCAGAAGUUGGCAUGGCGGUCUCGAUUUUGGCCAGUUUGUUGGGACUCACCAACGGAUCAGAGGAUCAGAUGCAGUUGGCCUUCGAAGAAGUCACCAGGAGGAGGACUCCCGUUAGGCAGGCCACCCACCUGAAGAUGUCCGCUCCCAUACGCUACUACUACGACCUGAUGUCGCAGCCCUCGAGGGCCCUCCUAAUUAUAUUCCGCCUCAGCAAUAUGCCAUUUGAGGACUGUGUGGUGGCUCUCCGGAAUGGCGAGCACUUGACCGACGACUACAAGCGGGAGAUAAACCGAUUCCAGCGGGUGCCCUGCAUCCACGACAACGGCUACAAGCUGGCCGAGAGCGUGGCCAUUCUGCGGUAUCUGAGCGCCAAGGGCAAGAUCCCGGAGCACCUCUAUCCCAAGUAUUUUGUCGACCAGAGCCGGAUCGACGAGUUCCUCGAGUGGCAGCACAUGACCCUCCGACUAACCUGCGCCAUGUACUUCCGGACCGUCUGGCUGGAGCCCCUCCUCACCGGCAAGACGCCCACGGAGGCCAAGAUCGAGGUCAUGCGGAUGCACAUGGAGCGCAACCUGGACGUGGUCGAGGAGGUCUGGCUGGAGGGCAAGGACUUCCUCACCGGCAACUCCCUCACGGUGGCCGACAUCUUUGCAGCCUGCGAGAUAGAACAGACACGCAUGGCUGACUACGAUGUGAGGAUCAAGUACCCCAAGAUCCGGGCCUGGCUGAAGCGAGUGCGCCAGAGCUGCAAUCCGCACUACGACGUGGCCCACGAGUUCGUCUACAAGAUAUCCGGGACAGGACCUCAGGCGAAGCUCUAGGGCUCUGCGAAGGAUCUGAAGGAUCAGAAACAUUGCCAUUAUGUAUAUAUAUACCUUAGGGGGGGAUUUAGAUGUAAAAAAAUAAUAAAUAUUAAAAAUAUUAAAAAUAUAAAAAAUAAAUAAUGAAAAACAUCUUAUUUUUUUCUUGUUUAUCCUUGUACAAUUUAUUCUUAAUAUUGGUUGUUGGUUUCUCAUUUUUUUUUUUUAUUAUUGUGUCGUGGCUUAUAGAAUUUUUGUUUUUUUUUAUAGAAAUCCACAAUUGUUUUUGUUGUUGGUUGUUUGUUUGUUUGUUGUUUGUCGCAAUAAAAAAAAUCAUAAUAAAAUAUAAUAUAUAUCAGAUGUGUACAUACAUAUACAUACGUGUAUCUAUAUAUGCAUAUAUAUAAUAGAAAAUACAAUUUUUAAAAAAUAACUACCUAAAGUCUAACAAAAAAUUGUUUUUAGCAUUUAAUAAUAAUAUUUAUAUAGCAACGUUGCGCGCUUUUUGUGGUUAUUUCUAUAUACUUUCUUUCGACUUUCUUUCUUUCUUUCUUGCUUACUACUCUUCUGCCAUUUAUCCUCGUUCUCUUUCUCCCUAUUAUCAUUCGUUUAUUCCUGUUCCUCCUUCUUCGGUUAACAAAACAAAAUGCAUACAAAAUAUAUAAAUGUUUAUCUUUUUCUUUUCUUUUUUUUUUGUUUUUUGUUUUUUUUUUCUUCAAGUGUAUAUAUAUAUCCUUUUUUUUCUUUUUAUAUAUGGGUGUGUAAGUGUGUAAGUGUGUGUUUGUGUGGGGGGGGGGGUUCAACUCAUAAAAGUGUGUAAAAAAAUGAAAAAAAAUUAAAUUGUAUAUACAAGUAUUUAAAAAAAAAUAUUAUGGGAAAAAUACUAUACAGUACAGGAUGGUAUAUGUAUAUAUGUGUGUGUGUGUGUGUGUAAGGGGGUAUAUAAAUCUACAUACUUCUACCGGAUAAUUGCUUAAUUAACUCUCUUUUCUUCAUCAUCGUCUAUGCGUUUUCCUUUCACUUUCAAAAAAAUACCUUAAAUCAUACAAAAAUCAUAUACAAACUACACAAAAAUAUAUUUCUAUAUAAUAUAAUUUCUUUAUAUAUAUAUAUAUAUAUAUAUAUGGUAUUAUGUGUAAAUGUAAAUUUAUGCCAUCGUUUUUGUUGUUGUUGUUAUGCUUAUUACAUUUUGGUAAACAUACAUUAUAUAGUUGCGUUUCUUCAAGUGUAUACAUAAUUUCAAACAUAUAGUUUUUUUCUUUUUUGCUGGCCACCUGUCCGGGUGUUUUUUUUUUUAAGUUAAGGAUUUAAGAUUAAAGACAUUUAAUUUAAAUAUGUAUAUAUUUUGUAUCUCUUGGAUGCACCUUUUCUUGUUAAUUUUUUUUUUAACAUGCACCCCCUCACAAAAUAAAAGACAGAACAAGUUAUAGGAUUAAAAAGUUAAAAAAAAAACAAUUUUUUUUGGAAAAAAAAACUUUAAAGCAAAGAAUCUAAGGCACCAAAAAAAUGGGUUCUACAUCCGCUAUCUCUCUCCAGAACUCCCUCGCUCUCCAUUCUCCACUCUCCACUCUCCACUCUCUCUCUCUUUCACUUUCUUUUGCUUACACAACAGGUACACGCACACAUACAGGCAUACGAAACAGACAUACACUGAGAAAAACGAUCAACUGAAGGACUGGGCCGGACAGGCAGCUACAUGCGCGUGUGUUUGUGUGUUUCCUAUACAUAGGUGUACAUAUAUAAUGGUGUUUAUAUAUAUAAAUAUAUAUAUAUAUAUAUAUAUGGUUAACAAUUUUUGUUGCGUUCGUUAAUUGUAUAUAUAUAUAUAGAUGAUUACUUUACAAAUAUAUAUAUAUAGUAGGGAUUAUUUAUGCGAUUUCUUUCUGCACUGUGUUUUGUUUUGUUGUAUACGGUUUACAAAAUAGUUGCUCUCUCUCUCUCUCUGUCUCUGUCUCAUUCUCGCUGCGUAUCUCUUUCUAAAUAACUGCUGCUGUCUCUUUCAUCGACAAACUAGUGCUAUCUCUCUUGGUUCCCUUUUCGUUAAUGUCUGUGUGUGUCAGAGUGUGUGUGUUUCUGUGUGUGUGUGUGUGUGUGUGCGAAUAAAUAAUUAUUAUUUUAAUAAUAUAUAUUUUUUUUCAGCUCCUGAUAGAUUUCAUUUAAGAUUGUUACUUUUGCGUUGCUUUGUUGCGUUAAGAUCCUGUUUUUAUCCUUUUUUUUUUGUUUUUAGGGAGUUGUGUUUUUGGUUUAAAAAAUAUCUGUUUUUUUUUUUGUUUAAGAAACCAAUGAGGAAUUUCAUUUCAAACACAACCCCCUUGUCGGAAUUUGCACAUGAAUAUAUGUAUAUAUAGGUAUAUAUCUUGAUACAAUAAUGUUGGUAAUACUAAAAAUUUAACUUCUCUGCUUUGGUUACACUUGAUUGAUCAUGUUUUUCAUUUUCAAACAUUUUUUUUGUUAUUUUUCGUUAAGUUUUUGGACACAAAUUUAGCAACUGCACAUUGAUAUUUAAAUACAAUAAUUCUAGUGAUUCCUUUUUGUUUAAGUUUGUUUUGGUUGGAAAAACCCUUUUGUUUUGAAAAAAGAAAACUCUAGAGGGUUUUUGGAAAAAUCAACCAGAGUCUUCUUCAGUUUUCCCUCAAGGAUCAGCAUGACUGACUGUCCUGACAGCGAAUCGAAGAACCAAUUUCGGAAUAUAAGGACAUUUUUCAAAAAAAACUGUUUUCUAAAUGCCUUUAAAUCAGUUUGUUUCUGUCCAAACAUGCCUAAACUGGUCUAAAACUUGUCUAAACAUGUUUAGUCCUGUCUAAACAUGUCUAAACCCUGUCUCAACUGGUCUAAACAUGUCUAAGCCCAGCAUAAACAGGUCUAAACCUGUCUUAACUUGUAUAAACUGGUCUAAAUCCUGUCCAAACAUGUCUAAACUGGUCUAAACAUGUUUAGUCCUGUCUAAACUUGUCUAAAUCCUAUCUCAACUGGUCUAAACAUGUCUAAACCCAGCAUAAACAGGUCUAAACUAGUCUUAAUUGGUACAAACUGGUCUAAGUCCUGUCCGAACAUGUCUUAACUGGUCUAAAACAUGUCUUAACUUGUCUAAACCAUAUCUAAACUUGUCUAAACUGGUCUAAACUUGUCUAAGACCUAUCUAAACCUAUCUAAACAUGUCCAAACUUGUCAUAACCUCUUUGUAAACCUUUGUAUCCUUAAUACUUUCUUUCUUUCAAACUGUUUGUUUUUUAUCAGAUUAUUCAUGUUUUUAAAUAUAUAUUUUUAGUAUACCCUGAUGGUAAACUCUUGUUUAACUUUAAGCCUUUGUUUUUGGGGAUAUUCGUUAAUUUGAACUGUUUUAGCUACUUGACAUGUGUUUCUUUCUCUGAGUGUAGUUUCAUUUUUACUUUUCUGUUUUUGUUUCUGUUUCUGUUUCUGACUUUUUCUUCGAGUGUAGGUGUGUCCUGUUGGUUCCUCCUUCGAGGGCAUCAUCUCAAAAUCUUCUUCUUGGUUGAUGGUUAGUCUGAUGGGAUUUCCAAUCCUUGUCCUUGUCCUUGACUAGGAUGUCCUUGUUGUCUGAGCCGUGAUUUCAAAAA